AUGGCCAUCGUCGCACUCCUCGCGUCCCCAUGGGCGCCCGUCGUCCUGUUGGUGGGGGUUGUCUUUUACUAUCUUGUCCCCUACUUUGUCACGUAUAGCGCCCUGCGCAAGAUCCCAUCUCCCUUCCCAGCCCAGUUCACGGAUCUCUGGCUGCUGUCAGUAUGCCGGAGAGGUAACAGAUACGAAAGGGUGGACGAGCUUCACAAGAAGCUGGGUCCCGUUGUUCGUAUCCAGCCCAACCAUGUCAGUAUCUGCGAUGACUCUGCCAUUCCCACCAUCUACGGCCACGGAAACGGUUUCCUCAAGUCUGACUUCUACGAUGCCUUUGUCAGCAUUCGCCGUGGUCUCUUCAACACCCGCGAUCGUGCUGAGCACACCCGCAAGCGCAAGAUCGUUUCCCACACCUUUUCAGCCAAGUCCGUCUUGCAGUUCGAGCCCUACAUGCACUCCAACCUGGAACUCUUCGUCAAGCAGUGGGACAGCAUGAUCAAGAACUCCAAGAGCGCCGAUAAGGCCGCCCAUCUCGACUGCCUCGAGUGGUUCAACUACCUUGCCUUCGACGUCAUCGGUGAUCUCGCCUUUGGUCAGCCCUUCGGCAUGCUUUCCUCCGGCGCCGAUAUGGCCGAGAUUCGCUCUUCGCCCGAUGCUCCUCCCAUCUACGCGCCCGCUAUCGAGAUUCUCAACCGCCGCGGUGAGGUUUCCGCCACCCUCGGCAUCCACCCCGCCCUCAAGCCCUUCGCCAAGUACAUCCCCGACGCUUUCUUCACCAAGGGUCUCACCGCCGUCGAGAACCUGGCCGGUAUCGCCAUCGCCUGCCGCCUGAUGGAAGGCCGCGACGAAAAGGGCCAGCCGCUCGGCCGCGAAGAACUCACCGCCGAAGCCCUGACUCAGCUCAUCGCCGGCUCCGACACCACCUCCAACUCGUCCUGCGCCCUCCUCUUCCACGCCGUCCGCACCCCCGGUGUCAUGAAGAAGCUCCAGGCCGAGCUCGACGCCAACAUCCCCGCUGAAGUUGACGUGCCUACCUACGACAUGGUCAAGGACCUUCCUUACCUGCAAGCUGUCAUCAACGAAGCCCUCCGCUACCACUCCACCUCCGGCAUCGGUCUCCCCCGUCAGAUCCCUCCUGAUGCCCCCCAGGGCGUGCACAUCCAGGGACACUACUUCCCGCCCGGCACCGUUCUUUCCGUUCCUACCUACAGCAUCCACCACAGCAAGGAGAUCUGGGGCCCCGAUGCGGACGAGUUCAAGCCGGAGAGGUGGGAGAACUUGACCACCCGUCAAAAGAACGCGUUCAUCCCCUUCAGUCAUGGUCCCCGCGCUUGUGUCGGCAGGAAUGUCGCCGAGAUGGAGAUGAAGCUGAUUGUGGCGACGUGGGCGAGGAGGUACGAGGUUCAGCUGUUGCAGGAUAGGUUGGAGACCAGGGAGGGUUUCUUGAGGAAGCCGUUGGGACUGGAGGUUGGGUUGAAGUUGAGGAAGUAA